GUUUUUUCAUUUUGGCGGCGCCGCUAUGGAUGUAUCUAAUGCUACAUCAUUUUCAACAUUUUCUUCUAGCGAUACUUAAUAAUUAUUCGAGGUGAUUUUUAUUUCGGAAAAUUUCUGACAAAUUCACAUCAACGACACUGAUUUCAUUUCGCAGAAGAAGAAUUUUUCACAAGAGGUUGGUUGCAGCGCCAACUGUCAUCACUUUACGAGUUUUUUUUUUCAACAACUACAACGUGAAGAUUCAUAUGCGACCUUCGAACAGGGACGAAAGAGAACAAGAGGAUUACUCAAAAAAAGAUGCUUCUGGACCACCUGGACAGUUUUUUUUCCACCUGGACGCACGCUCCAGCCCACGCGGACGAACAGGAAUUUCUUUCCAAGCUGGUGGAUAGCCACUACGGCUUGCCCUCUCAUGUGGACACGGAAAAGCACCUCGGAUCCGCGCUCUCCGUGCUGGCGCAGCAUUCCGAACACGCGAACGAGAAGGCAGCGUUGGAUAUCCUGUGCAAAAACGUCCCCACCCCAUAGUCAAGAUGGGAAAUCUGCUAGACAAAUCAACAAGCUUUGGCUGUUGCGCAUGACAAGUUUGGCCUCGUAGUGCGAUCCUGUUAUUAAGCUAGUUCAGCAGCGUCACAGGUCCAGUCUGUCAUGCUGCUGCGAGCAUGACAAAUCUCAAAGCGCCACUAGAAAACGCCUCUCAUGUGUCUCCGCAUGAGAAACAUUCUAAGCAUGCAGAUUUGCAUUACAACUCUGGGGUGUGGACGUUUUUAAAUAGGAUAUUGGAUGGGGUUUACUCCCUUGCCGCGAAGAAAUGGCUCCCAAAGUUGCCGCUCGGGGACGAAUAUCAAAUGCAAAUACGUUUGGGUCUGGAGCAUUCUAAACUUGUGAUGCUGUCUCUGGAUUCUGAAAAAAAUUGUAUUGCAUGACCAGCAACAAGAGGACUCCAGUUUGUGCUACACGGAGAGGGCAUUUCUCAUGCUGUAGAGGUAUCGCAAAGCGCUCUAAAAAUCUGUGAUGCUACGGUAUGCAUCACAGACGUCAUGGGUCAUGGAAAAUAUGCAUGACAAAUCUAGAAAUCUUCCAGACCCAGACACUUUCGCAUUUGAUAACGAAGCGCCGGUCGACCCGUUGCAGCUGCAGCCGAGUUUGAACCUGCCACCAGAGCAGGAACAGAACGUGUUGAGGUGAGAUAAUGCAAUUUAGCGAGAUCAUGCAUAUACUUUAAAAUUUUUUUUUGUUGCAUGAGUUUCGGCCUGGUUUUGUAGACUAACAUAAAAGAGUAGAAGAUCACGAGCCAUUUGUUCCGUCACCAUUCACCCGUACUACACAGGCACACGCUGAACGAGGUGCUCGGGCAGAAAGUCGCGAUUGCAUCCAAGGAUUUGCAUCAGCUGGACAAGAUGCGAGAAAUUCUUGAGAAGCCUCAAGCCGCAGACCAGGCCUGGCAGGAGGCAUUGAAGGUGAGAUUGAUGCUGUACAACUCUCAUUGAUUCGGAUGCUGCACUUGUAGCGACAUCAUGUUGUAUGUCGUUGUGCAUAGUUGUUUGUGGAUGGUGAAAAAAUUGUGCUGGAAGCUCGCCCCUGAAAAUUGCGACAAACAUUAUAGAUCAUAAAUGCGGAAAAUCGUUAUCUUUUGUAAAACCCCCCACAUCAACGGCAUUUAUUCAGGUCCGCGUCGACGAUCUCCAAAAUGUCGGCGGAACCAACGCCCACACGACCCGCCUUUUUGAGGCGCAAGCAGGUCGGGCCCCGCGAAAUAGUGCACUGGGCAUGGCGCCCUGGCCCGACCCGCCUCCCGGCCACCCAAGGCUGAUCGCGAAGCCCCUUGCCGCGGACCUGUCCUCUCCGUCUUGGGGCUUGCCGGCAACGUUUCCCUGAGUGCAUGCUCGGACACGUUGGCGAGAAAAAAAACGCAUGCUGGGGAUUUCGGCCCUAAGCGGCUAUCUACACACUUUCGGCCACAAAAACGAGCACCAAAAGCCCCUCGAAAAAGUACGCAUGCACGACCUCCAGGGAAACGGCGACGCCGGGUCCCCAGAAGUUGGGCGCGGCCUUCAAAGCCCGGGGGCCACCUGGGCCAGGGAACGGGGCCAAACCGAGACCGCAGACGGGCGCGCGCGGCCCUCCUCAAACGCUUUGCCGCCGCUUCAUGUGCCGGUCCGUGUGGGCGCUCCCACUUCUGUGCCGGCCGUUUCGCAUUUCCCAUGCGGCCGCACGCGAGCGGGCGGCGCGGGUGCGUCUUUUUGCGUGGCCCCUUGGCCUGCGCGCCCGUACGGGCCAAGGGGCGAGCCCCCGGCAGGAUGGCGCGGCCCAAGGCGCUCGGGGUUUUUCGGUUCGAAGCGCGCCGUGGGUUUCCGGGCCGCUGCAUCUUGCGAGGCCCGCGCCCAAAAAGGUGGCGCCGGCCUGUUGCUUGGCAAGCAUGUGGGCACAUUGCCGGGGGGGGCUUAGCAGUUUGGCGAAAUUGCGAAGCACACAGGGGGGCUGCUUCCGGUUGCUGUAUUACGCAAGGGGGGUGGGCCAUCAGCAUGGGGCGCAAAAAGAUCAGUCUGAAAAGGCUCCAACCUGCUCUAUGCAUUCGGCGCCAGCCUCCCGGCCGGGUUUUGUUGUUGGGACAGACGCAAGCCCUUGCCCCUCUCUGCCCGCGGCUAGGGGGCGGCCGCCCGAGGAUGCUCGCGCCCCUUAUAGAAGUCCUAUCGGGCCACCAGCUUCCGUGAGCUCUAGCGCGGCCACCAACUGGCUACGGAACGCAAAUCGAGGCGGGUGGGCAUAGUUCGGCGCCGCGCUUCUUCUUUGUUUUCCUGGGCAAAUAUUGCCCAUGCGCGACAGCGUGGCGCCCUACCUUCGCAAGUAACGACAGGGCCGCCACGGGAAUGCGCCGCGCGGGACCGAGGUCAAGCAGCUCGGCUGACGACUCAAGGCCGCCGCCCACAGUACAACACGCGGCACAGCAGGUGGGGCUUUAGAUCGCUAAGAGAGGCGCGGCGCCCCGUCCGAGGUAGCAGCGCAGCGCAUGCUUUACCAGCACCGUGCCCGCGACCAAGUAAGCGUGAGCUGUGUGGCGGGGCCGCGUUGCAGUAGCCCACACGCGGAUGGGGCCGAAAUGGGUACACACAUCCACAAGGCCUGCUGCGUCGUCAGCUAGUGCGCUAACUUUUGUGCGCCGCCAUCUCGCUAGCUUCUUUGCAUGCAUAACAGAGUCAGAGACUAUCCCUGAAGGAAGUCCGCUGGCGGAUACCAUCCGGGCGGGUUGUGCAGCCGGCGGCCGUGUUGUUGUAUGAGUUCAAAAAAAAAAUUUUGAUUUGGGGAAAACCGGGGUAGUGGGGACAGUUUUACCUAACGUAUAUUCAGGUCCGCGUCGACGAUCUCCAAAAUGUCGGCGGAACCAACGCCCACACGACCCAUAACUCGACGAGCAUCUCGGCUAGCCGCAUAGAGUCCGAAGUCCCCUCCACCUCCGUCGCUGCUACUCAAAUAUCCCCAGAUAACUGGCAAUCCGGCGGGUCGAGCUCUUCCACAGCAACGCACCACUACGGAAGCAGUAGUUCCGCGGAUAAUUCCGCUAAACUGAGUGAGGAUAUCACAGAAAAAACAAAAAGCUUUUAUACUUAUGUUCACGAAAUUGAGUGUGAAGCCGCGUGCAUGAGGAAUAAACCCACACAAGAGGGAAGUUUGUAUUGCGUCGCAUCAUGAUGCAGCAUGUUCGACAUAAUUUGUCUUGCGACAGCGCAAGCAGGAGCUAUUAAUCAAAAAUCGUAAAAAAUGCAAAACGCUUUUUGAUUUCGUUUCAUAGAGGAGUUGUUCGUCUGGAAGGCGUCGCAGCACCAGGUGGGAACGAACCAACAGGAGCCGUAUGUCGUGGUUCGGGAUCGGGACGGGAUUUCCCUGCAACUUCUCCCCAUGCGCUCCGCGCUGGCGUUUGGGGACAAUCGGGAAUUGUGGCACCGGGACGCGGAGGGCCACAUUUGGACGCCGGACAAGUCCGCCGUGGUCGACGUCGACUCUAGCGGGAAAGUACUGCUGAAAUCGACGCAGGGGCUGUUGAGUACGGGGGCCAGAAACGCGGAACUGUGGAAAUUAGGGGACGAUGGUAUAUAUUAGAAUAAUGCAGCAUCAAGUUCAUUUCAAAUUCAAUUGAAUACAGGCACGUUUGGUUUGCAUGCUCUUGCAAUGCGACGGUGACCACCGUGAGUCAACCUCGUAAUUUGAAUUCGAUCGGAUGUCUACAGUGGGUCGUUUUCAGCCCGCCUGCAGCACGCUAGUACAAGCAACUGUAUAGAUACGACAGAAGCAUGAUGAAUCGCCAAACACGACCUGUAAAACAACGAACUCCAAAAGGUACCAUGACCUCGGUUCACGGCAAGGAAUACCUUCAAUUUCCCGGCGUCGUGGACAGUUUCGUGGACACGCGGUUAAUCGACCCGGUGAACAUCUCUUAUGGCAUUCUCAAACGUUACAUUCUCAACUGUUACAUGGAUUUGUGAUGCAAGAAUGGGAAAAGUGAAAGGGGGGGCAUUGCGCGUCUUGCAUGACAGAUUUGGCACAGAUUGUGAGCCUGUUUGGCCCUUCCAGAAUUUGUCAUGCAGAGCAGCUUGAUCGUGUAGAUGAUAAUGGUAGUUUUGCAUGACAAAUCAUGUAACAGUUGAGAAUGUAACAUUUGAGAACUCCAUAUCUCUUCCAACAUUCCCGACACUCCCGAGCACCCCGCCUCCUUUGCCAUCGACGACAACGUGCACCACAGCUGGGUCGCGCCGCAGGCGGGCGGGGAGCACCUCCCGCUGGCCGGGAAGGCCGGGUUGAUACACCGGAACCACCCGUACUUGGUUGUCGACGCGGGGGAAACGAAAUACAUCGAAUCCCUACAGUUGGAUUUCACCGAGCCACCCAAGGAAUUCCUGGUCAGUGGCAGCUCCGACGGGGGACACAGCUGGCAGAAGGUGUUUGGGACGGACUUGAACACAGCGUACUUAUUGACUUUUUCGUUAAAAGUUGGUCAGUUGCUGUUUUGCAUUCUGAAGUUAUUUUCACGCUUGGUGUGCCUUAAUAUGAUAGAACUAGAAGUGCACUGAUCUAGUACGCAUAAGGUGAGCCAUGGACAUAAAAAUUUUUGACAAAUGAAAACGAACAAACUCUAAACACUACAGGUUCAACCUGAAGGUCCCGAUCCACGACAAAUUUUCGCACUUGAAAAUCACUUUUCUCGAGCCGCUCGGGCAGGCCGUGCCGCACGUCUCCGGGGGCCAGUUCGGGGUCCGCCACGUGGCGGUGUACGGUAAGGAGAUGGAGCCGGCGUUCGUGGGCGGCUACCCCAUUUUUGGCCCGGUGGGGCACUUCAAGUUCGAACACCUGGCCGGCCCCUUACCCGACGCGGAGAAAAUUGACAAGUUGUUGGAUCUGGCGAAGCAGUUGGACGUCGCGAAUUCGAAGCUUGCCUUGGCGGAGGAAAGGUACGAAGCUGCGGUGGACCAGCGGAGCUUCAUGGGCCUAAACGCCGCCCACGAGAGUUCUGGCGGCGGGGGGUUUUUCGGAACACAAUCGAUGAACUACGGAAACAGCAGUAGUAGCAGUACCUCAGGAGCUGGUGCCGGCGGCGGUUCGUUUUUCGGGCGCGCGUUCGGUUACGGCGGUGGGGAACAAGUACAAGACAACAGCGACACAGGAGCUGCUCAACAGCAGUACCAAUCGGAUGAACAAAUUAUGGACACCAGCAGUAGUACCAAUCCUUCGAUGCUGCAGACGAUGGAAAUGAGUAUGAAACCUCUGUUCUACGGCAUGCUGGCCUUCUGUAUCGAAGUGAAAGAUCCUCCCUCCCCAUAUCAAGAAAACGGAAAUUUGUGAUGCUGCUUUGUGGUCACGAAUCCCGGUGUCAUGCUAGAAGGGAAGAGAUGCAGACUGUAGUGCUAGCUGGCGCAGGAACGCCAUGCGUCUUCAGCAUGACAGGAAGCAACUGGAAAUGGGAAACAGCAUGACAAAUUUCUUCCAAACGAGGGAACAGCUGCGUCUCUUAGCCUUCUAGCAAUACAAGUCGAUUCAUGUACUCAAAUACAGCAACACAAAUUCAAAUUUCGUUUUCGAUUUGGGGAGGGGUGAUUUUUCCUCAUAAUAUCCUGCGGUUUGAUAUCCUCGAAGACAGCGGAGGGGAAGAUCACGACGACAAGGGACGCGGCGGGUGUGAGCAGAGCCGGCGCCGCGGGGGUCGAAGGUCUGAGCAGGUCGAGUUUAAGGUCGUCUUGUUCAUCUUCCGUUGGAGCUGCGCGUAGUGACGCCGGCGGGGAGACAGAUAAGAAUCCUUACACAGUACUAGACGCAGCAGGUGAGGUAGGACGAGAGGAGGUCAAAGGAGGAGCAUCUGCAAAAAGAAAUGCGCGUAAUUCUAGCAAAAAUGGUGGUCAAAGAGCGAAGAAUAGCGGGCCAGCAAGGAAUAAUGAAACUGCUGGUGACCACCGAGUAGACGGUAGAAGUAGCACAACUAAUUCUAAUGGUCCGCGCGGGAUACUAGACUUCUCGUGUCACGACCUGACAGGCGGUGAUAAAGGUGGUAAUGAUACUAGAUCCGGUCGGGUUUGCAGCGGCUUUUCGGUGCCGGAGUCAAUCGCUGGAUUCGGCAUCAGUAUGCCGAAAAGACCUGCGUGGUUGACGUUUUCAUCUACUUCGCCUUGGAACAACACUACAACAAGUGAUGUGGCUUCUUCGAAGGGAAGUAGUACCACAGGACGAACUUCCUUUCCUUUCGUGGCGCGACCGCGACGGUGUGCGAACUUCUUGUAGAGGAUAGCGAAGAGCAAGAGUCUUGUUCAUCUCUGUUGUAGAGUUCGCGACGGUGUGCGAACUUCUUGUAGAGAAUAGCGAAGAUCAAGAUUCUUGUUCAUCUCUGUUCGUUGUUUUUUAUCGGGAAGGUAAAGAAAGGGACGAUAGCUCGUAGUUCUAGCGAAGUGCAGUGCGCCGGGAGCUUCCUUGGUUAAAGGACGGAUUCUGAAUCAAAUGCUAGUGAUUGAAGCGACGGUUAGGUAAGGAUUACACAUGAUUCCAAGAAAGAGCAUAGAAAUCCUUUUGAAAUAGAGGGACGAUUCUUGAGCGACUUAAAAUUUGGGUUAGGUUUUACAGAUACACAACUUGUACACAUUUUUCGUUCUUCGGCGCGCCCGACGUGAUAAUCAGCAUAUACAGCAUAAGUGCAAUAUAGAUGUUUAGAAACUCUGGCGGGAGCUAUGUUUUUAUGAAACAGAUUCCCGAAGAUGACGAUGAAAAAGUUCUACUGCUACUUAGACGCCUAAAUGAAUAAUGACAUACCCCAGAAAGUGGGGCCAUAACUUUUCUAGAGCGACCAUUUUUCAACAUUUAUCGAAAACUUUUCUACGAAGAGCGACACAAAAAUUUUCACAACGUGUAAGAUCGACCUGCGCAAAGCCGCUUCGGGUGCAGCUUCACCAUGAGGAUGUACGCCACUUUUUUACAACUCCGAAUUAUCGAUAGAAAAGCGUGGCCAAGAAAUAAGAAAAACCACACGACCGGAACAUUACUCAAUACCUCUCAACCUCUUUGGCGCCACCCUCCUAUGCUUAGAAAGGAAUUUCCGCAUAAAGGUUUUGUUCCUACAUAACCUCAUGCAAUUGCUGAUUUGAACUCUCACCCAAGAACUAGUACUGCCUUUGGGUGCAGGUGCACAGGCGGAUCAGCAGUGCAUUUUCAAAGAGUUGCGCGUCGAGCCUUAUUUCAUCAGACAGCAGGAUAUUUUUUACCAAGAUGAACGAGCCGCUGUUACUUUUUCACCAAGCACGAGCAGCUUGUUCAGGGAUAAAACCGCAGGUCUUGAUUCAGAAAAAAGAAACGAAGGCACGGAAUGAAGAGAUAAAAUCCUGCGCCGAGGAAAACGAAAUUAAGUAGUUUUUCACCACAUCUUCAGAGAGCGCCCGCGGAGUUGCGGACAAAUCAUUGUGUUGAAAUCUGAUCAUACGUGUGUAGCUCGGUAUAGAUAUGAAGUUGAAAUAAAAGGAAAAAAUUGCUUUACAUAAUUACGUAAUCUAUGAGUUCUUGUGACGCCAGAUCCACUUCGCUUCCCAGAGGAUAGAAUUCAAGCAGAUUCUUCUUCAUCUUCGUGAUCGAAAUUAAGCGCAGAGUGAUCGAGAUCACUUUCAGAAUGAAAAAUGAAUGAAAAGGCAUCUUAUGCCUAUAAAAUUCUGAUCCUCACCGUGAGCAAGCGACAGAAGUGGAAGCGAUCCGAAAAUUUAUGUUGGUACGACAAUAAAAGUUGAUUUGUUCGUUUUUGUCAACAUACAGGGAUGCUGAAAAAUAAACG